UUCCAUUCCCUUCUCGCUCUCUCUCUCUCGCGGAUGCUUGAGAUGGGGCACCAUGGCGGUGGCGUUGCGAUCUUCCUCUCUUGGUUCCUUCUCGCCCACUGCGCUCAUAGUUUCUACCUCCCUGGCGUCGCGCCUCGUAGUUUUCAGAAGGUCGAAGAAAGAUGGUUGUAGCAUGCUGCACCAGUUGAAAAAGCUACCACUAUCUUUCAAUUUCUUCCUCCGUCACAUCAAUGAUACCACAUCCUGGAUAUCUGCAAACAGUAUAUUUCAACGUCAACCCCGGUUAAUCCUCCUGGAGAGAUGCCAAUCCUUGCAAGAUCUUCCACUGAUUCUUUCUUACAUCAUUGUCUCUGGCCUUUUUCACAACCCUUUUGUUGCCAGCCGUGUCCUUCACACUUGCAUUACUGCUGGUUGGCCAGAUGUCACCUCUGCCACCAUGGUCUUCAACCAGAUGAAGCGACCUAAUCUCUUCUCCUGGAACACAAUGAUCAGAGCCUUAGCAAGACCAGAAUAUCGUAGGUCUGCUGUGUUACUGUAUACUGAAAUGCUUAGGCGAGAAGUGCUACCCGAUAAGUAUACAUUACCAUUUUUGCUCAAGUCUUGCUUGUGUGAUACUGAUAUCCAUCUUGGAAGACUUAUUCAUGCACAUGCUGUUAUUUUGGGGCUUAUAUCUGACCCUUUUGUGCAGACGCAGCUCCUCAUCAUGUACUUCACCUGUGGGUGUUCAGCAUAUGGCGUUCGUUUAUUCAAUGAAAUGCCUUAUAGAGAUGUUGUUUCAUGGACGGCGUUGAUAUCAGGUCUUGUUCAUCAAGGUUCUAAUGCUGAAGCUUUGAAAACGCUGAACGACAUGAGAAUUAGAAGCUCCAAUGCUACUCCAAAUGUUGCAACUAUGGUGUCUGCAUUGUCAGCUUGUGUUAAUAUGAGGUCUUUGGUUCACACCAGGGGUUUACAUGCGUAUAUAGAGAAGGUUGGUUUAGUGGGAGAAGUCUUCAUUGGGAACUCACUGAUAGAUGCUUAUUCAAAAUGCGGAAGUUUUGCAUGUGCUACAAAAAUGUUUGAUGGGAUGAUGAGGAAGGAUUUACAUUCUUGGACAGCCAUGAUCAUGUGCUUAGCAUCACAUGGUUAUGGUGGUGAGGCUCUUUAUUUAUUUUCACGGAUGGUUCAGAGUGAUAUUUUGCCCGAUUCGGUUACUUUUGUCGCUGUUCUUUCUGCUUGUAGUCAUGCUGGCUUAGUGGAUGAAGGCAUACAAUUUUUUGAUUGUAUGGAGAGAGUAUAUAGGAUCACCCCAGAUCUCAAGCACUAUGGGUGUAUGGUGGAUCUUUUUAGUAGAGCCGGACUUCUAAAUCGUGCAUAUGAGUUCAUUUUAAGCAUGCCAAUGAAGCCCAAUUUGGCAAUAUUGGGAUCUUUGUUGAGUGCUUGUAGAGUUCACAAUGAAUAUGACUUGGCAAAAGUUGUUGCAAAGAAAAUUGAAUCAACUUGUGCGCACGUAGGAGGAUCUCAUGUGCUGUUAUCUAAUAUUUAUGCCAAUGAAUGCAAAUGGCAUAAAGUUGUCUCUAUUAGGGAAGCAACUAGAGGUGAUGAAAAUAAACCUCCUGGCCAUAGCUUUAUUGAAGUAGGAGGCAUUGUACAUGAGUUUAUAGUUGAUGAUAAAUUGCAUCCCUUUGCUUGGGAGAUGCAAUUGGUAAUGGACGGAAUGGGCAAAUUGAUGGAGGGUUCUUGAGUUAUAGGUUAUUCCUCUGCCUGAUUUCUGUAAAAUAUUUCCAGGAUGAGCGUGUGGAAUCAAAGUUUUGUGAGAUAGGUUCACCUUGAUAACUGCCUAUUCUAAAUUGUUUGUUUUAGUAUGGUUACUUUAAAUUGUACAAUAUUGAGACUCUGGGCAUGGUCUGUGCCUCUUUUAGUUUUAUGGCAUCGUAUAAGUGCCUUUUAAGUAUUGGUUUUCUGAAAUAGUUGAAAGCUGUACAUUCUUACUCAUCCAACAUUGGUUGAAUAUUCAAAACGGGCUUGGUGUAGGCUGCAUUACUAUUUUAUUGAUUUUUUUA